AUGGUCGCCAUGGCGUCGCCAACCGAGCUGGCGACCAACGUCAAGGACGCGCGCUCGCGGCUGGUGAGCCACUUGCAGGUCCUUGCCACCGGAAGAGAGGGUGAUGCCACCAAGAAGACUCCCAAAAAGGGCGCAGCGGAGUCGCCUGGCGGCCAUGCCGCUGUGCAGGAUGCGAUCAAGGACCUGCUGGAACGCACCACCCGCUGUUCGCUGUCGGCGGCAUGCGUGGAGAAGGCCCAAACGGCACUCAAGGAGCGUAUACCAGUCUGGCGUCAGCGACACGCGGACGACUUCUGCACCUUCUUCGUGCUGCUCGACAACUACAUCUGGCUCCACGUCGCGGUCAAGGAAGGCGACGCCACGGUCUCAUCGCCCGGCGCCGCCAGCCGUAAGACCCGACAGAUCCGAUACCUCGUCGAUUUCUCGCAGUGGGCCUAUAGCCAGCUGACAGACAGCAUCCGCGGCAAGCGGUCGGAGGGCCAGGAGAAGAUCCUCAACAGCUUCAAGAACACCUUUAUGCCGUUUUGGGUCGACCUGCUCGACCGUACCCAGCCGCAGCCCCUUCAGCCGUACCGCAAAGCACACAUGAUCGCGCGGAUCCGCGACACCGUCAUCACCUCGAACAGAGUCAGGCGCAGCCUGCCGUCGCUUCUCGACCCCCAUCGACUCGGCAGCUACCUCGGCCAGUCCACCGAGCUCGCGGCGAGCAUCGACCUGCUCGAGAUCGCGCACUAUUGGUCGCGGGAGCUUCAGGCGGACCAGAAAGCUACCUUCUACGAGACCAUAUUCACGUCUGCCCUCAGAGACGAGCUGCCGCAGGAGCGCGUGCAGCUGUCACCGCAGGCGCACGCAACCUCGGCCGUGCCCUCGGUGCCUGGCAACGUCGAGAGCCUCCUUUUGGCCCGCGAGCUCUCGCAAAAGGCCAGCGCUCUGACGGCGGUGACUUUCGAUACGAUCUGUGAGAAGAUCAUUGGCAGGAUCGGAGAAUUGCAGCUAUCGAGGCCGCAGAUGUUCGAGUGCCCGACCGCGGCGACAAUGGAGCGGGCGCCAGAGUGGCUGGUGCCGCGCGAGCAGCCGCCGGGCUCAAAGCGGUUCCACUUGUGGUUCUCGUCGACGAAGCUCAGCAUCGACGUCAAGGACACUUACGAAGUCCAGCGCCUGCUCAAGAGUUACGCUGACAAGGCGCCUGGAUGGCACGAGAAGUUGCAAAACGUGGACAGCACCGACUGCGUCAUCGCGUUCGAGGACAUCGAGGACAUCAGCGUCGACAGCCUGACGGGAGAAUGCGACGUUGCCACCAAGCAGCCGAUAGUGGUGCAGCAAGGCAGCCAGGGGCAGGUAGACACGACCAUGGGCAACAUAAUCUCGUUCCAGCUGAGCGGCGACGCCACAAGCCGGCUCGCAGGCGUGCUCGGGCAGCGCGGCCUCGCCUUCAGAUGGCGCGGAGGUCGCUCCGAGACGCCGAUCGCGCUUCGGCCGCUCGAAAAGGUCUCGGCACAGCACCUGGACGAUAGCGGCUACUUCUCCGGCUCAGACCUCGCCGCAAUCGGACCCACAGCUCCCUCGUUUGAAGCUGAAGGGGAGAGGCAGCCGCACCAGGACCAGAGGAACGGACAACGAUCCGAUCAGCUUGGUGCUGAGCAGCCGGGAACAAGGCGAGACGGCGAGGAGGCAACACCGACUCGCGACGAGGCAACAGGCGACACAGCGUCAGAGCUCAUGGAGCAGUACAUCGAGUUCGACGAUGCAGCCUCGGUGGCGGCCGGCGGAAAUCAGAAAGGCUCAGCUGUCAAGGAAAGAUCCCCUCGGCAGCAAACCGCCCUGGCCGCUAGGCCGAGCGGGGGCGCGUUCCCCAGCGUCGAAAAGCUCGGCAAGCACACGCUGGGCCCCCUGCCACCUCAACAGAUGCCAAGUACGCCUUCCUCGUCCCUCACUACGAUGGGAAGUGAAGGUAGCACAACCAGCCUCAGGCGCAGCUCGAGAUUGCUUGAGCGUCAGUCGUCGCCACGCGCAUCGUCUCCUGCUACUUCCCCAACGAAGCCUUCUCGACAAAAGGCAAGGUCGCGGCUGAGCCCGGAACGAAGGCCCGCGAAGAGAAACCACAGCGACAUCGAGGAAUCUGCCGCAGAUUUCUCUGCGUCCGAGCCUGAGGCGACACCUUCUCCUUCUCCUCCGGCGAAGAAGAGGGCUAAGGAUAGAGGCGCCACCAAGUUCAAGGGCACCAGCGUCGUGGUGUCCAAGGCCAAGAAGGCGGCACCCAAACCCAAGCCCGCACCGGCAACUUCCACAAGCCGCAGGAAGCAGACGCAGGCCCAGGCGAAGGCGGGGGCAUCAGACAAACAAAGCCCUGAAAGUGGAGCUGGAGGCGAAAGCAGUACCUCGUCCGAGGCCGCCGCCAAACGAUCGCGAAGCAAGAAAAAGGCGGGCUCCGUGGGCACGACCGUGCCGCGGAAGGAUCACGUCGCCUCGAGCGCCCAUCCCGCCGUCCGCUCCCCCAGCGGCACCGGAAGCGAGACCGAUCACGCAGUCAGCGGCGCCGAGCACGGACAGCAAAGACCCAGCACUCGUCCUCAAAUGGGUGAGAGGAGCAGGAAAGCGUCCGAAGCAGGCCUGCACGACGGCGCCGAAGACGACGACAUGCUCGACGAGGCCGAUCUGGCUCUGCAUGAUGAGGCACCGAGCGAGCCAACUGCGGCAAAGGCCGCUCAAGAGGGGUUCGUCGAGGCGCACAAGAAGGAUAGGGAAGCUCGCGGCAUCCGACGCUCGAGCGACGCAGUCUCAGGACCAAAGUCAGACGAGGCGCCCUGGAUGACGGAGCGCCACAGGCGAAGCAUCGCUCUGCUGACUAGCGAGGCCGAGCCGCCGAGGACCACGAGCCCGCUACAAAGCGAGGUAGGGCCGGAGGCUCUAAGAGCAGAGGCUCGAGCUGGCGGUGAAGCCGAAGAGGGAGAAGGCCGACACAGUCCGACACCGUUCGCUGCGGCAGCAGAAGCCCAGUUCUCCGACGAUCUGGAGUACGUCGAAGACAUCGCCGUGGCCCCGCCUCCAGCAGUGGUGGACGAGGAAAGACGACCUUCGAGCCCUUCGAACGAGGAAGCGGAGCGCGGGGUCGAGGAACCUCGUAUCGUCGAACCGCCUGUUCUUCCUCGUUCUGUUCCCGUCUCGCCGACGAGGGGUCUGGAUGACGUCGCAGCCGCCCAAUCCGGUCCUGUCGCGCUACCGACGGGGGCAGCUCGCGAGGUCGAGCAGCCUGAAUCAAACGGCCAGGCAAAGCAAUCAACGCCUCCGGCCGCACCCGAAGCUCAGUCGCCUCGAAGGGAAGUCGCCCAACCGUCGUUACCGGAGGCUGAGGCUACCGAGAUGGAUCAGACACGGGCGCUGCCGCCAUGGACGAGCGAAGCAGAGAUGCCGAUCGAGAGCCAGCCACAGGACUCUCUCAGUGCGGCACAGCUGGCUGCCCUCGGCAGAACUGUCACCAAGCCGAUGCGCUCACCUCCAUUCGGACCGCCGCCAGCGCCUCGACCGGUUCCGCCCGAGCCUCGCGAGGUCGAUUCGGAACUGAUCGAGUUCUACGAGUUCCGCGCUUUCCAGCAGCGCAAGAAACGGGCUCUCGACAGCCUCGCUGCAGGCCGCGUCACUCCAGAACGCGACGGCCAUUUCCCUGAUCCAGCUUCGAUGUCUGGCCCGGCAUCUCGGGAUCGCCAAACGACGUCCCCGACCGAGCGCCUCCGCCGUUUCGAGGAACAUUCAAGCCUAGUGGCGCACGCCCAGGGUGAUUUCGAAGCAUACGAAGCCGCUCAUCGAGAAACGCCCGGCCCGGCCGCAAGUCCAAGGCGUCAAGGGCGAAGCCGAACGCGCUUGGGCACCACGAGGCCCACGAGGCCGUCGACGGCAGAUCGCUGGAAGGCUCGCAGCGGCACAAGGACCCAAGCCGCGAGCAGCUUGGGCAAGCGCUCAUCGCCCGAGGAUGACGAGGCCCACGAGCGUGAGGUUCGCACCUCUCCCUCGCCGUUAGCGCACGCUGGCGAUAACAGGGAGACAAGCCCAGGCACGGCUAGCCCGGAUCCGGCACUCGAUGCGCUGCACCAGGUCAAGGAAGCCCUGGGCUCGGUCACCGAGGUACUCUGCACGAACCUCAGGGAAAAGAUAUCCUGGUCUGAGGACGGCGCCGUGCGCCUCCUUCACCAGAUGUUCCACGAGGCUUCAAGGCUGCUCGAGGAGACCCACACCGGCAGCAACGCGGCGAAGGAAAUGGUGCAGGCGAUCUUGGACUCGCAGGCAGAAGCAAAGAGGGCAAUCGCCCGCGUCCUGGACACAAGUGCAGCGUCGGCGGGCGACGCUCGCUCGCCACCGACAAUGCAGAGGGUUCCGCACUUGCUCGGUGCGCUGGAAGGCGGGGCGACGGAGCGCAGCGACAUGGCACGUAAGGUUGUCCUGCCCGACAAGCUCUUUGCCUAG